AUGAUGCCUUCAGGUCGAGCUUCAAGUCCAGUGUCAUCUGUUGAAGAUACACCAACUGGAGCGCUGCGACCUCGAGCUCCAAACCCAAGCUCACAGCAACCACAAGGACGAAGCAGUGCUCGGUUCGCAGGUGAAUCGCGCGCACGGCGUGUGUUGGUACUUGACAAGAGACAAGCGGCAAGCUCUACGCGUCCACUACAAAAUAUGAAGCGGCUUAAACCAGCAUCCGGGAAGAAAAUGAAGCAGAAACGCAGAUUACCAAAGGCUGAAGUCAAGCAGAUUGAGUGUUCGCUUCUUGAGAUGCAUGCGGAUAAUCACCUUGCCGACCGCUUCAUCGAGAACGAAUCAACGCUGGGAUUUUUGGAGCUGAUAUGCCCCGGAAUUGCCGAUAUCCUUCCUUCUCGGCGGUCGUUAAGCAAUCGCAUUCUCAAAUAA